AUGCGUACCCGUGUUUCCUCCCCCGCUGUCUCAGCCGAUCCAAAAGCGCCUUCUGCUUCGGAGGCAUCUGAAGACGUGAUGUGGGAAUCCAAAUUUGCAUUGAGCAAGGAUGAGAAGACCCUCGUGCUCAAGGAUCUCCCGCGUUGGCAAGCGAACUCAAACACAAGGUCUGCAAUCACAUCUGAGCUUGCAAAGAAGAUCGCAGAGGGAAGAUCAGAGCAUCUGAGCGGAACUUUGGCCGCUUUACUUGUGGAUAAAAUAAGCCAGUUCCUCCACAAUUCCAGCCGCACCACUCAACAGGAGAAGAAUCCGUUUUAUUCCUCUCGCCCAUUCGAUGGCCUCCGGGUCUUUGGAUAUGAGGAGGAUGAGCGAAUCCACACGUCGGCACUGGACGAUCAGGAGUUCAAAGAGAGCGGUCUCUGGAUCGCUGCUUGGACUCGUGCUCGCAAGAAGCUAUGGGAGGAGCUGGAACAGGAGGAGAAGGAUGAGUUUGAGAAUAUGGCAGAAGACUGGACGCGUGAUGGCCCACCGGAGGAUGUGAAAAGAAAAUUGUUGAAGAAGCACGCCCUCCGAUACUUCAGAGCCAUGACUCUCGGAUUUUUUCGUAGUUUUGACACGGCGAUACAUAUCACCGGCUUGUUCAAGGAUUCGAAUGGCGAGCACAUGACCUUCUUUUACGACACUUCUGAUCUUCUCCGAGAACAACGCAAAGACAAAGUCCCUCUUUUCCGUGACGACGACGAAUGGCACGUUGGCUUCCUGGAUUCUUUCAAUGCAUACUUCGGAGCCAUCAUUGACCCUGACAGCAUAUCGGAGGAAGGCAGACGAGCUGAGGCCGACCUUCGCCAUGUCACCCAUCUCCGCGAGCCUGAAUUCGAAUUUUAUGAAGAUGGCACGCCAAUCAUACGUGACAGAGAGAAUGACGGCGAGGAGUACACCUACCUCCAGCGGCAGAGGGUCAUCGCUGAAUAUCUGCGAACGCAUCUCAGCUGGGCAUCUGGAACUGGAAAAUGGACACGGAACGGCAGCUGGUCAACAAUAAUCAGCCAUCAAGAUAAGUUCUUCGACCCUACUUGGGUGCCCGAAGGUUUUGUAUUCAAGGCGCCAAGCAAGCUCGGUGUUGAGGAAGCCAAGGCCUUCAUUAAUCAUAUCAUGGCCAACGAGACACCAGACUCCGAAGAGGAUCCCAACCCUCGUCGCUUCCGCUUGCUCGCAGCGGUGGAUCAAGGCCGGAACAAGUGGAGACCUGCUGAUUACGUGCGCCCUGAGGGGAAGGACCCGGGAGCCAAGAAGUUGAAGGUCAGAACUAUCGCGGAGCGACAAACAGAUGCCGAAAUGCAGGGCGAAAAGAGCACAGAUCUGAAGCAUCUCAGCCCUGCUGAUAUUCGUGACCGACAACGGGUGGUGGCGGAGGCGCGAGGCCAGGCUGAUCACUCACGCAAGGGGCGCGCAAAACAGAAGACCCCCGUCGAUGUCGAAAGCGAAUCGAGCGUUUCUGGGGGUGAGGCUGACAAGAAGCCUAGGCACUCGGGUCGGAAAUCUUCCAGGAAACAGAAGUCAAAGUCGACUGCGAAGGCACCGAGUGAAACUAUUGGCAGAUCAACAGACGGAGCUUCUGGCAAGAAGAAGUCAUCUACGCGCCGUCGUCAGCGGUCUCCUCUUGAUGACAGUGAGGAGGAGGCCGUCUUCAGUGAGGAGGAAGACAACCCCGAUGCCGAAGAGACUGAGAAGCUCCUCGACGCACUCGACCUGUAUGACGACUUUCAAAACGACCACAAUGGGCCUCCAGACGACGGCUUCGACAUCCCCAAUGACCUCUUUGACGCCCCUCCCAAUCCAAAUCGCGUCAACCACCCUACGGAGGCAGUCUACACCUCUCACGCUUCCGGAAGACGGUCCCCACCGCCCAUAUUAACAUCUGACACUGUCGUUACCAAACUUGCGGUCCCGAAAUCCUCUGGCACAACACCUGCACCAGCAGAGGCAGAUCCAGAGGCAGGGGUGGCAUAUUUUACGUCCCUUUGCCCGAAUCAAGCAAGCUGGACAGACUUGGUGUUCCACAUGUCCAGCAAGGCAGGUUGUCAUUUCAACGUCACCAGAGCAGUUGGCUGA